UGUUGGGUUGAUAUAGCGGAGAGCCGCAGUUGCUGAGCGCAGUGCUGUUGAAUAUGAGCAGAUGGGAUGGAAGACACUGAAAUUAGAGUGUCCCUGUAGUUUAGCAACUAACAGGAUAACUUUGGGCAUUAUAACAGUAUAAGGACGUUUCCUGGACAGUCUUUGGAGCUACAUUGUCAUUUGGCACAUGGCAGUUAAUGAAUGCAGCGCGAGCAGCGAUGAACACGGCAGUCUUCAGUAAGUUUGAUCAGCUGCGCUUUGAAGAGAGCGGACAGAACGUGGAGAGAACCAGCAGAAGCUAUUUAGAGGUGAUUGAUGGACAACAUUCAGAUUUACUGACCAACCACAAAGUGAUGGGUGGCACUGAAGCUCUCAAACACAGGAGAAAUGGUGGAGGGAAGGUGCGACACAAACGUCAGGCCCUGCAGGAUAUGGCUCGGCCACUGAAGCAGUGGCUCUAUAAGCACAGGGACAACCCUUACCCCACCAAGACUGAGAAGAUACUGCUGGCUCUGGGCUCCCACAUGACCCUGGUUCAGGUCUCCAACUGGUUUGCGAAUGCGAGGCGUAGGCUCAAGAACACAGUUCGACAGCCUGACUUGAGCUGGGCCCUUCGCAUAAAGCUGUACAACAAAUACGUACAAGGCAAUGCUGAGAGACUCAGCAUUAGCAGUGAUGACACAACAUCAGACGAUGGGGAGAAUCCUUUACAGAUUCAGGCCAGCGAAUCAGACUAUAACAGACCCACGCACAAGAGCGUUAUUCAGGACAGCAGAGGCAAAGGGGUGGGGCGAAGCACAGACCCCUUGGUUUGUGAUGAUUAUGUAUCUCCACCAAAAUACAAGAACAGCUUGCUAAACCGCUAUCUAAAUGAUUCCCUUCGGCAUGUAAUGGCCUCCGAAAAAGUUCUGGACUCUCGGAAGAGGAACCACUCUGGAUCGUUUAGCUCCAAUGAGUAUGAGGAUGAUUUUCUCUCACCGUCAUCAGACGCUGAGGCAAACUUCACCUACCGUACAGUGACGUUGGACUGUGGCACACGCCAAAGCGAGAGCGGUGCUCGCAAAGGUGGCGGAGGAGGAAAUAACGAGACCUACUGGAAAGAGCUCCAUGCCGCCAUGGCCCUGACCAACCUGGCCCAAGGGAAGGAGAGCUCAAUGCCAGGCACCACCAGCUGUAUCAUCCAGAAGUCUUCCCAUAUAGCAGAGAUUAAGACUGUCAAAGUGCCCAUACAACCCCGACAUUAGUGGCUAACAGACUGGACAGCGUUCUGUACUAGGUCAUAAUUGACCAAGACUACCUGAACACUUGAGUAUGUACUACAUGCAAUAAUGUUGUUGAAAAUGAUCCACAACAGCCUUUUCUAGGAGGAAAAUACAUGUUGACUGACCAACGUGCCUAUUUUAUUUUUAUUUUUAUUUUUUUGCCACUGUCUGAUGAAAAAUGACAUAGUAAAGAAAGUUUCAUGUGUGGACGAUCACUACAACUAAACACAGAAGCACAAAAAUUCUCAUUCUGAUUUAGACUGUCAUGAUUUCUGAAAUACAAUUUUUGUCAGUAGCUAAAAUGUAAUAUAUUCAUAUAUAUAUUCAGUUUUUCUAAGUUAUAUUAAUUUUAUUUUUAAUUGACACAGGAUUAUUGUCAUCCUAUGGCAAUGGCAUAUACAUGUGGAUUUUUGUGUUUAAGUAUGGCAUAUAGAGGAAGUUUCUUUUUCUUUUUUUUUUUUUUAAUAUUCUAUCUCUGAGUGAAGCAAGCAACCCUUUUUUGGAACAAACCUUUUGGUUUGUUAUUGGAUAGCUUUUAAGUUCAUUUUGGCCAUUGCCUGUGAAGAUUAUCAUGCAAAAUUCAGUCAGA